CUUUGACAAAGCAGAGAGUUUCAGAACUAAAUCCAGCAAAAAGAAAACUACGGAGAAUGAGGAGGACAUUUGAGUGUAAUGAAUCCAUGAUCAUCACUAUUCCCAUCGGGAAUCUCAAGGAUGCUGGAGCAGGUCAACUGAUGCCGGAGAAAUUCAUCUGUGUGUUCCGAGAUUCCUACAAAGUCUUUGUCUGCAAUGGAAAACCAAAGCCUCUCGGAGCAGCUCAAGCCAUGACUGGACUGCUUCUUUGUAUCAUUGGUCUGGUUGUGUUGGAUUGGAACACAGUGGUCUACACUCUACCGAGUGCUCUGUUUGUGGUCUCUGGUUUGCUGUCCUAUGCUGCAGGAACAGCUCCACACAUGAACCUGGUGAAGUUGUCAUUCUCUCUGAACAUUUUCAGCUUCUUCUGGUCAAUCGCUGCAUUUUCUAUCAGCAUGAUCCACUUCCACUCUUCAUCAACUUACCAACAAAACCAUGUCAAAAUGCAUCAGGGUGUCACUGGAUUGAUCAUGAGUCUCCUGGUUGUUGAAAACAUUACAGCCCUGUUUUUGAUCUACUGGCUGAGCAAAGCUGUGUGCAGACAACAAUUCAACACCUUGCCCAUUAUACGGCUGAAACAGGAAGACUGAAGCAAAACGCUCACUGGAGAUCAAGUCAAGACGCAACCUGAUAUUUGAACUUAACUUUCUGAUCAUAUUUAAACAAAACAAAAUUACUUAUUAAAAAAAAUAAUGCAGCAGUAUAUUCUGUAUAUCACCAAAUUUAUGUUGAUGAAUAUUAAAUGUAAUUCCUGUUACUUUUGUUUUGUACAAUUUCCUUUUACAUUAACAAGCUACAUUUUCCAACCACAUAUGUAAUCACUUUAUAUUGAUAUUUGA